CCUUAGGGAACUCUUUUUCUCUCUCUUCCCUUCGCAAAUCGCAGAGAGCUCCGACCUCCUCCAUCUCUCCGGCUUUACCUCUCUCUCUGCCAUGACGUCUCAGGCAAGCCUUCUCCUUCAGAAACAGCUCAAAGAUCUUUGCAAGAAUCCGGUCGAUGGGUUCUCGGCCGGUUUGGUGGGCGAGAACAACAUCUUUGAAUGGAGCGUUACGAUUAUUGGACCUCCCGAUACGCUUUACGAGGGAGGAUUUUUCAACGCUAUUAUGAGCUUUCCUUCCAACUACCCAAACAGUCCUCCGUCUGUGAAGUUUACUUCCGAGAUUUGGCAUCCCAAUGUUUAUCAGGAUGGGCGUGUUUGCAUAUCAAUUCUUCAUCCUCCGGGUGAUGAUCCGAAUGGUUAUGAGCUUGCAAGCGAGCGGUGGACACCUGUCCAUACGGUUGAGAGCAUAGUUUUAAGUAUAAUAUCAAUGCUUUCAAGUCCGAAUGAUGAAUCUCCUGCCAAUGUUGAAGCAGCUAAGGAAUGGAGAGAUAGGAGAGAUGAGUUCAAGAAAAAAGUCAGCAGAUGCGUGAGAAAGUCGCAAGAAAUGUUAUGAUUUACUACUCUGCUGCCCAACGCAUUUUCUCAGCUCGCGUGCGCUAGUGCCUGUCUUCAUUGACAGUGUGGGUAACUUCGCCAGAUAAUGGGUUGGUUGGUCCUUGUAGGAUGCCAUUGAAAUUCUCGCGUUAAUCUUCUUCACUUUCUUUCUUUCUUUUUUGUCCCUUCUUUUGGUUCUUUUUCUUUUCUUUUUCUUUUUUUAAUCUUUUAUGUCAAAGUAUUUGUUUGUGGCUCGAGACGUCUUUGUAUUCAAAGCAUUCUAUCUAGUGCUUGGCAGUGAAGUGUUCCUGUUAGAUUAUUUUCUUUGUUUUUGGCCACUUUUUUUACUUUUGUUGAUGGAGCUUAGAAGUUUGAAUAUUAUUUCAGUCAAUUUUGGGGAGCUGGUUGGUGGUUUACUUA